CCAAAAUCUGUCCCCACAAUAGAGAAACGAGUGGCCAAGCAGAUGAAGCAAACACUUUCAGACAAUCCACACAAUUUUCCCACCUCUCAUGUUUGAUUACACGUCAAUUCACUGGAUAAUUCUUUAAAAUCAAACAUAUUUAGAGACAAAAAUAAAAUCCCAUCUCAGAAAACGGUUGAAUUCGCUACAUAAACAGUGUUGUCGUCUCAUUUUCUGUCAGAACCUAUUUCAAGAAUUUUGAUUUGGCGCCGUAACUGUUGAUGGGUUGUUCCAGUAUAGCUUAGUUUAAAUCAAAGAUUACAUCUUUCUGUGUUUGCUGUGGAAUUCUUGAACUGAAAAUGAGGGUUUAGCAAAUUACUAAGGAUUUUGUAUUUGAUUGAGGUGUUUGGUUUGACAAUGUUGCCUGUUUCUUCAGCUAGUACCAGCUGCUCCUGCCAUGGACAGAUUCCUGUCUAUGGAGGUUUGAAAUCUUUUCCGUCACACCCUAAGGCAUUUGAUUGCAGCCAUGCGAAUAAAUCAGUUAAGAAACUUUCGAAUUUCUCUAGGCGAAGAGGCGCUAUGUGUAUUUACUCAGAUUAUGUUGUGAAAGAUGAACAAUGUAGCUCCAUACACACUAUUAAUCAAUCAUUGUAUCAGAGUGGAUGCACCACUCAAUUUGGGGUCAGUGAUGAAAUGAGCGGUUUAGGGCCUAAUUUGGUAUUUGUAGAUAACUCGAGUGAGUCUCAGCUAACGGACUUUAUCAAUAAAGCCGUUGAUAGCACUGAUCUCCAACCAAGUUAUGUCAAUCCAGACCUUCCUAUAUCUGUCAGUGGUGUGACAAUUGAUCCUGCUGUGGCAUCUGAUUCAUUGCUCGUUGAUGUAAACCCGUUGUCUGUCCAAAACACACAACUUUCGGAUAUAGUUGAGGGAGGAGAGGAUGUUUUGAACAAUUCAAUAGAAACCAUCACCUCUUCGCUGAAUGCUGUCCUAACGAGUGCUAGUGAGGCGGUUGAUGGUGUCAUCAAUGACAUCAACACGUUUCUUGCUCAAACUGGAGAAUCAGCUGGUAACAAGCUGAGUGGUGUGUCUAGUGGAUUGAAGGAAGGAUCGGGUGCAGCAGCCUCUGCUGCGCUAGAUGUGUUGAGGCGAACAGUUGUUGUAGUCGAGGAUUUGCUAACUAAGAAUGUUGGGUAUGCUUAUGAUUCUGCAAAGGGAUUUCUCCCUCAAGAAUAUCAAGAUGUGCUUAGAUCAACUGAAGGACGUGUUGCAGAAGUAUUGAGCCCUAUCGGUGCUGCAUUUCAGCAGGUUUACAUUGCGUUGGUGGGAUUUGAAGAAAGAGUCGGAUUGGACCCGAAUGAUCCACUUAUACCAGUUGUUCUUGUAUUUGGGGCUUCAGCCAUUUUGUGGGGUUCGUAUAGAGUGCUGAAAUAUAGUGGAUAUGCUGGAGAUUUAACUCCCGAAUCAGCUAUGGAGCUCUUACGAGGGAAUGACAAUGCUGUGCUUAUUGACAUUCGGCCCGAGAAUCUCAGGGAUAGAGACGGCAUUCCUGAUCUUCGGAGGAGUGCUCGUUUCCGCUAUGCCAGCGUAGGGCUACCCGAGGUUGAUAGCUCCAUCAAAAAGCUGCUGAAGGGAGGAAGAGAUUUGGACGACUCGUUGCUCGCUGUCGUUAUUCGUGACCUCAAAAUUGUUCAAGACAGGUCCAAGGUUUUGGUUAUGGAUGCUGAUGGAUCCCGUUCAAAGAGUAUUGCAAGAUCACUGAGGAAGCUUGGAACUAAGAGACCUUAUCAAGUCCUAGGUGGCUUUGAAUCCUGGGUGAAAGAAGGGUGUCGCGUUAAAGAGCUGAAACCCGAGACUACGCUUACAAUACUCAACGAGGAAGCUGAAGCUAUCUUGGAGGAAAUCAAACCAACCCCAUUGAAACUUGUUGGUUUUGGAGUGGGUGUCGCUGCAGCAGCUUAUUCAGUAUUAGAGUGGGAAACGGCACUGCAAUUCAUUGGUGUUAUCGGCCUCGGACAGGUACGAGAGACAUCAUCCCUAUUUUGUUUGAAUCCGAAGCUAUCUAAAUCUAGCAUCGUUUCUACGUUCAACUAUCCAACAGACUAUAUUCCGACGAAUCGCUUCAUAUCAAGGCGCAGAAGACUUUCAGCAAGAUUUAAGGUUACCAUCUUAACAAUAAAAGCUUCUAUAGAUCGGUUAUACAACAUACACUCGACACGUAAUUUUUGGUUUCUAUACUGUAAAAAAACCUACUACUACCAUAGGUCCCUGCUAGCUCCAGUCACACUCGGGGGUCAAGCAAUUUCAUGGGCUGCCGGGAAGCUGGAGACGAAUCGGAACGGACUCCCAAUGUCGCCCUCAUCGUCGGAAGUCCAAAACCGGGUGCUGCAAGCAGCUGCAAAGCUAGAAUCUCAACCCCCUGACACUGCAGAAACACAAGAUUUGCCUCAAGUUGGAGCCUCUGGCAAUGAGGGAGUAAAUAUAUCUGAAGCAUAGAACUAAAAAUACUUACAUGGAAUAAGUUGGAUUCUGCUUUCCUUUCGUAAGAAAUCAUGUGAACCACGCUUGAUUGCAUCUUUAUAGUUUUUUUGUGAGCAAUGAAGUUUGAUCAAAGGAUAAUAUCGUGCAAGCAAUGUAGUUUUCCUUUCUUUGA